AUGGCUGUUGAUCCUCUCACCGAAGAGGCAACGGCAGUCGAGAGUCGUCAUCCCUACCUGUCCGGCAACUUUGCGCCAAUACAGUCAUGUCUGCCAUUGACUCCAUGUUCGUAUGAGGGCACGAUACCGCCCGAUCUCGCGGGGGGACAGUACGUCCGCAACGGCGGCAAUCCCGUGACGAACGACGACCAGAGUCGAGCGGCGCAUUGGUUCGAUGGUGAUGGUAUGCUGAGCGGCGUCCUCUUCCGCCGCAUAGGCGAGAAGAACACUGAAAUCCAGCCCGAGUUCGUCAACCAAUACCUGUUGACCGACGUCUACUGCCAUGCCAAGAGCAACAAGUACCUGCGACGGCCUGUGGUGCCGAGCAUUGCGACACUGGUGAACCCCGCCGUGAGCAUGCUUCGCAUCAUGUUCGAGGUCUUCCGCACCGUGUUCCUGGUCAUGGUAUCUCGCCUUCCGGGAUUCGGCCGUCCGAUCAAAAAGAUCAGUGUCGCAAACACGAGCGUAAUAUUCCACAACGGACGUGCGCUCGCGACAUGCGAAAGCGGUCCGCCGUUGAGGUUCGCGUUGCCGAGCCUGGAGACCAUUGGCUGGUUUAAUGGGAGGACCGCAGAAAACGAGCCGGUGAAGAGCACCGAGAGUGGCUUCGGCGGCUCAGGCGUCAAGUCUUUCAUGAGGGAGUGGACGACCGCCCACCCCAGAGUCGACCCGGUGACCAAGGAGCUCAUCACGUUCCACGCGACGUUUGUCAAGCCAUUUGUUCGUUGCUCCGUCGUGCCGCCGACGUCAAAAUCGUCCGCGGGUCGCCCGCCCAUCUUCGACGCGCCAGUCCCGGGGGUCGAAUCGCCAAAGAUGAUGCACGACUUUGGGGUGUCGAGGCAUUACACCAUCAUUAUGGACCUGCCGCUCUCUCUGGAUACGAUGAACCUGCUUCGCGGGGUUCCCAGCUUGUCGUACGAUUCCGCAGGGAAGUCGCGCUUCGGCGUGUUCCCAAGACACCAACCUGAUGCUGUCCAGUGGUUUGAGACAAACCCGUGCACCAUCUUCCACACCGCAAACUGCUGGGAUGCGCUGUCACCAGAUACCGAUAUCAACGCCCCUCGAGUAUCAGUAAACCUUGUUGCGUGCCGCCUAACGUCGGCAGCUAUGGUAUUCAGCGCUGGCAACCUACCGACGCCUGAAGUGAAGCCGGUGCCUCCCGAAUAUGCCGAAGAGGAGCAGUGCCGCUUGUACUAUUACAACUUUCCUUUGUCAGACAAUGCCAACAUCCAAUACAAUAUCAGACACCAAUGGGCGCUGUCGGCCAUUUCGCUCGAGUUCCCGUCCGUAGCUCCGGCACACUCGAUGCAGGAAGCGCGGUAUGUCUAUGGAUGCUCGACGGGCGAGGCAUCUUACACCGUUGCCCUCGGCAAGGCAGCAAAGAUCGACCACUUGGCUAAGUUCGACAUCCGGACGCUCAUUGCGCGAGGCGUAGCCAACCCCCCACAGCCUGUCAAGGGAUGUGUAGACACGCGGAGUGUUGCUCAAGUCCUGGAUAGCAAAGACCCGGAAGAUCCUAUCAAGCUCUUCCGGAUGCCCGAUGGAUGGUAUGCCCAGGAACCGCGUUUCGUUCCUCGCACAGAGCCACGGUCUGAAGAUGACGGAUGGUUGUUGACGUAUGCCUUCAAUGAGAAUCAACUCGACAAGGAAGGGGAAUGCCUCCCGAGUGCCGUGAGUGAGCUGUGGGUCAUCGAUGCAAAGGAGAUGAAAGAAGUGGUCGCUCGGAUCAUACUGCCACAGCGGGUGCCAUACGGACUGCACGGGAGCUGGUUCAGUGAGGACGAGAUUAAUGAACAGAGGCCAUUCGAAGCAGUGAGGAGGAUGGUGCAGUAA